AUGGAAGCUCUUAUAGCUUCCGCUUCCUUCUUCCUCCCCAUCUCCAGCUCUCCCUCAGACAUUAUCAAUCCCCGAUUCUUCCCUUCGUCUUCUUCUUCUUCUUCUCCAAACAUCAAUUUCGGAACUUUCCGGAAGAAUUCAAUCUCCUUGUCAUCAUCACACUUCGUCUCCUCCUCUUCUGUAAUCUCCGCACCGUCUUCUUCUACAGCUCUCGCCCAAAAUACCUAUUGGAUGGUGAGAUUGAAUAAACCUCCGCAAUGGGUUUCUUCCAAAUCCGAUAUCGUAGAUUAUUAUGCGUCGAUUCUCGCGAAAGUUUUGGAAAACGAAAAAGAUGCGCAGAUGAGUAUAUACGAUGCUUCCUUUGAUACCCAUUUCGGAUUUUGCUGUCAUAUCGACGAAGCUGCUUCACGCCAGCUCGCUCGUUUGCCUGGAGUACUAUCUGUUAGACCUGAAGCUGACUACAGCUCAGAGAUUAAGAAUUACGGCAUUGGGAGCCAGAGAGGUGCUUCCUUAUUUGAUCAUGAGACAGUGAAGCAUUGGACGGUCCGUGUGGACAAGCCAGGAGUUGGGAUUGUUACUAAAGCACAGAUGGUUGAUCACUGUGUUCAAUUGCUAUCCAAGGUCUUACGGAAUGAGAAGGAUUCACAGAUGUGUAUCUAUCAUGUUUCCUGGCAGACCAAGUUCGGUUUUUGCUGUGAUCUGGAUGAAAAUUGCGCCGAGGAGUUAGCUGGUGUGCCUGGCGUUCUUGCUGUUGUUCCUGAUAACAAUUUCGAGUCACUAAACAAAGACUAUGAAGGUGAUAAUAGUACACAAGAUUCAAGAGAAGAUUCAGAGUCUCCUCCUGUUAAGACAAAGAAGCUGUUUAUAACUGGACUGUCUUUCUACACAUCGGAGAAGACAUUGCGUGAAGCGUUUGAAGGGUUCGGUGAACUAGCAGAAGUCAAGAUAAUCAUGGACAAGAUAUCGAAGAGAUCAAAAGGUUAUGCCUUUAUAGAGUACACGACAGAGGAAGCCGCGAGCGCUGCACUAGCAGAGAUGAAUGGAAAGAUUAUUAAUGGGUGGAUGAUAGUAGUAGAUGUAGCCAAGACCAAACCAUUCAGGCAAAACAGAAGCCAGACGAGUUUCCCGGUUCUCUAG